AUGGACAGAAGUUGGAUGUUUGUUAGAGAUAGGUUUCACAACCCUGACUUCACCAAUGGUUUAAAAACAUUUCUGGAUGCUGCGAAACAACACCUAGAUCAUGAAAAUAAGACGCGUUUCCCCUGUGUUAAAUGUCAAAAUGCCUUGCCGUGUCUUUCUCUACUCGAGAUACGCAGACAUAUACUUGUAAAUGGGUUUGCACAAUAUUACACGACAUGGACUGAGCACGGGGAAGAUUUUGUUGAUGUCGCAGACGACCAAAUGUAUGAGGAUUUUGAAAGUGACAGCGAUGAUGAUGAUGAUGACAAUGCUGCGAUGUUGGACAUGUUAAAUGAUGUCCAAGGGGCUAUAAGUAUGGAGACAGAUGAUGAGAACGAUAUUUAUGUUAACAAAUAUGAUUAUUUGUUUAAUGAAGCUCAACGAGAACUGUACCCGGGUUGUGCAUCCAUACCAACAUCGAACUAUGAAGCCAAAAAUAUGUUGCUAGAAUUGGGCUUGGGGUAUGAAUCCAUACAUGCAUGCAAGUAUGACUAUGCACUGUUUUAUGGGAAAGAGAAUAAGAAACUGGAUGAAUGUCCAGUGUGCAAGGAGCCGAGAUACAAGUCUUGUGAUGGCAAACGCAAGAAAGUUCCACAAAAAUUCUUGCGUUAUUUUCCUUUGAAGCCGAGACUUCGGAGAUUGUAUAUGUCGAGACAUACAGCGACUGAAAUGAAAUGGCAUAAAAAAAGAAGACAAAAUAAAGAGGGUUUCCUACGACAUCCAGCUGAUUCUGCCGAGUGGAAACACUUUGAUCAAGAGUAUCCUGAUUUUGCUGCAGAUUGUCGAAAUGUGAGGUUGGGGCUUGCUAUAGAUGGUUUUAAUCCAUUUGGAAACAUGAGCACUAGUUAUAGUAUGUGGCCAGUUAUGCUAGUGUCGUACAAUCUGCCUCCUUGGAAAUGCAUGAAAGGAGUGUAUUCAAUGAUGUCAUUACUCAUACCUGGUCCUCGAGCACCUGGGAAAGACAUUGAUGUGUAUCUUCGUCCAUUAAUAGACGAAUUAAAAGAAUUAUGGUAUAUUAGAGUUGAAACUUUUGAUGCUUCUGUUAGGAGAAAUUUUAAUUUGCGGGCAUGUGUAUUGUGGACUAUAAAUGAUUUUCCUGCUUACGGAAAUUUAUCUGGGUGGAGCACAAAAGGAUUAUUUUCUGGGGAUGACAUAUUGCGGCAAUUAGAUCGUGUUUAUAAAGCUAGGCCUGGAAAACAUUCUGACAAUCCUGAUUUAAAGCGACACCGUGAGCCUCAUGAGCUAAACUGGACUAGAAAGAGUAUUCUUUUUGAGUUAGAGUAUUGGUCCAAGCUCAGGUUGAGACAUAAUAUUGAUGUGAUGCAUGUUGAAAAAAAUAUAUGUGAUAGUGUCAUUGGUACUUUGUUGAAUAUAGAUGGGAAAACAAAAGACACCAACAAGGCUCGUUUGGACUUGGCAGAUAGGAAGAUAAGAAAAGAAUUGCAUCUCACACGUCAAGGGAAUAAAUUGAAGAAGACUCAUGCUAGAUAUGUUUUAAAAUUGGAAUACCGUAGGCUGUUUUGUAAGUUCCUCAAAGUUGUCAAAUUUCCUGAUGGAUAUGCUGCCAAUAUUUGCAAAAAUGUGAACAUUGUCGAUGGGAAGAUACAUAAUUUAAAAAGUCAUGAUUGCCAUGUUUUACUUCAACGCCUCCUCCCAGUUGGUAUUCGUUCAUAUUUGGACAAGGAUGUGUGCACUGCAAUUGUUGAGCUGGCCAUUUUUUUCCAACAGAUAUGUGCAAAAACUUUAAAGGUGUCAGACUUGGAAAGAAUGGAGAAGGAUAUUGUUAUAAUAUUGUGCAAAUUAGAGAGAAUUUUUCCACCAGCUUUUCUUGAUGUAAUGGUUCACUUGGCAGUCCAUUUACCUCGUGAAGCUUUGCUUGGUGGUCCAGUUACCUAUCGGUGGAUGUAUCCUAUUGAAAGAAAUUUAGGAACAUAUAAAAAGUAUGUUACAAAUAAAGCUCGACCUGAAGGUUCUAUUGCAGAAGCAUAUAUUGUCAAUGAAGCAGUGUCAUUUUGUUCUAUGUAUUUUUGUGAGAUUGAAACCCGUAUCAAUCGGGCAGAACGAAAUGUCGAUGUAGAAGAUGACCAAGUAGUAGAUGGUUUAUCGAUUUUCUCUCAGAAAGUUCGUUCAUUCUACAGAAAAAAAUAUAUAUUACUAGACCGGAAGGAAGUGAAUAAAGCUCAUUGA